AUGGCACGUACUCGCUCCCAAAAGGCCCAAAUACCUACUUCCAACACGAAGACAAGCCAAAGAAAAAGAUCCCUGCGCAACCACAACAGCCUCAGCCAGCCAAGACCCAUGCUUCGGGGCAAUGAUAAAAUCAGUCGUCGAAUAGCAAAAAGACCCAAACCAACCUAUCUUGAACGGUCGCCAUUGGAAGCUGAGCGGGAUCCCAAUCGAACAUUACGCCUCUUCUGCCUGCCCAGGGAAAUCUUCGACGAAAUUAUUAACCAUCUACCGCCUGACGCCGAGGCUUGUUUCAGCUUAACCUGCAAAGAAGCAUUGCAUCUACUCGGUACCACAUCCUGGGCAAGCUUUCGCGGAAGGGCUCGCCAUUAUGGACUUCAAUAUGGAUACUACGGAUCACUGGUCGAGCUUCUCCAACGUGAUAUCCCAGGGAGUGAAUAUUGUCCCCGAUGCGAGACUCUCCAUCCUCCUCUGAGACCGCCCAGAGACCAUCGCGAGACCAAGUGGACGAAGCUUUGUAUGGGCCAGCUAGCAAGCAUUGAUUACUGGCCGCAAACACCAUCCGGUGGCUACAGUCUGGUGUGGGAGCAUAUCCUCGAAGCAUUCAAGUCACAGCCCGCCUCCACAGGGCUCAAUCCACCAAUUCCACUAUUCGAGGGCGACUUUACCUUCAAGAAGGACUUGGUAAAUUACAGGCUGUCCUCGUCAGCGCAGUGGGUAGACAGGAACCUUGUCCUUACGCAAGAGCACCGUCUACGACCUAGCGAUUCUCAGACUCGGGCCCUUCAAGCGGCGCAUAUCAUCUCCCUUCCAAUUCGUGUCUGUGCACAUCUAUCCACAACAACUGUUCCUCAAUCAAAGACAUCCUCGUCAAAGCAAGCCAUCACCAACAGUUCGCUACUCACUCUUGCCAUUGCGACCGCUUUCCCACCUCAUUUGCGGAAGGGUGUCCCUCGAUUCAGUACAUCUACGCAGUUGGCAGAUGCGGAAACGAAAGAUAACUUCAUCUGGCGUUGCAAGAGUUGCGCUACAAAGUUCUACAUCAAUUACGAAGGACGCGACGGCGGAGAGGUAACCGUGACCGCUUGGCAUUGCUUCGGAAAGGAGCUGUGGAAGGCUCAACAAUUUUGGACCUGA